AUGGAGGUGGUGGAAGAGAUCACAGCCAACACGCGCCUGUUUCACAAGACCACGCCCAAAGGCAUGUUCGUGAACAGGCUCCAAGGCCACUUCGUCGAAGCCAACCGGUUCGUCAUGGUCACUCGGGGAGUCGAUGAGGACGAAGCUUACGUGUGUGACCCCCAGACCGAGGUGCGGCAGAUAUCGCCAACACACAUCUUGCUGCGAUUUGUCAGCCAUGUGUCGCAGAUAUUUCAACCUGCCACCGGGUUUGUGAGUGUGGACGAGCAGGCGACGUUGAAGGGCGUCGAUGUGAUGGACGUCGACGACGGCCUCAAGGAUGAGUACGUGCGACGCGAACUGAUCCGACGGAGGCAUGCGGAGCUCUUGCCUUGGCGACAACAUUUAAUGGAGAGGAUGCACCAGAACGCGACAAACUAA